AUGACAGAGGCCGAGUUUGAAGCAUGGAAUCCCAUCGUCACAGAGCUGGGAUCGAGUUGUACCCUAAUCACCGAUCUAUACUACGGUGUGCAGAUUGGCUAUGAAACAAUCUCAGUGACGGUGGCAUCUACUUCCACCUCUAAAUCUGUCUCUACGGCUAUAGCUUCCACUGUGCCCACAACGUUUGUGACUGCUACUCCUACAUCCUCUACAAAUGGUUUCGACACCCACUCCCUACCAGACGGCGGAGAUGAGUGUGGUACAAUCGCAACUGAUGAGGGCAUUUCACUUGAAGAAUUUUAUGCCUGGAACCCGGCUGUGGGUACAUCAUGCGCCUAUCUCGACUUGGGAGAUUAUGUUUGCGUGGGUACAAUCGGUAGCAAUGCUACAGCUACCCCUACUUCAUCUUCUGCAACCACUAUAAAUGGGGUGACUACUCCUACCCCUUACCAGACCGCGGCAGAUAUUGCGCUCGAUGACUUCUAUACCUGGAACCCAGCUGUGGGCACGUCAUGCGCCUACCUUUACUUAGGGGAUUAUGUUUGUAUUGUGCAAAUAUUUCCUCCUUACACCACCCUACAGACUUUCGGUCUUUCAAAAAGGCGCCUCAGCAUGUCUUUGACUACCCUUCCCACGGAAUUAAUAAUGGCUGCCUUCCAAUAUAUGCCAUCAAAAGGCGACAUCGCCCACCUCGCACAAACCUGUCACAAAUUUCACGAUUUACUCAUGCCGGAGCUCUACCACCUGAGCUUCCAGGAAAAUGAAGGAGAUACUCUUUACUGGGCUGCGGAACAUGGUCACUGCCGGAUCGUGCAAUCCUUCCUGAUGGCCAAUGGCCAUCUAGGACCAAACUUAUUAUUGCCACAUAUGAACCGUGCACUUUCACUGUCAGCACAACACGGACAGAUAAGUGUUGUGAAAACUCUCUUGUCUAUGGAAGGCGUCGAUCCAGAUAACAAAUCGAGUAAACUCGAACGCACACCGUUGUCAUACGCUGCACAAGGGGCAUACAUCGAUAUCGUCAGAUGCUUACUGGAAACAAACCGUGUCGAUCCAAAUUCAAAGGAUCGAAUAUACGCUCACUCGCCACUGAUCUGGGCAAUGCGAUACCCCUCGGGUGAAUCGGAUUUGAAACCUGAAAUGGCACCGGGUGCAAUAAGAUCUGCACAGGACCGGUCUAUUCCUGUCAUACAAUUGCUACUUGAAAAUGGUGCCAACAUCGAGUUCAUGGGUUACGAUUGUCGAAAUGCCCUUUACUGGGCCACUGCGGGGGGCGCACGGCCCGAUGGCCAUGUGGAUGAGAAACAGCGAGUAAUGGUGAAUUCAAGACAGCGGUCCAGGAUACAGCGGUGGGACGAACAUCCAUUUUUGAUUAAGGGAAUCUACCUCCCUUUAUCAUUUGCGGCCUGGGCGGGGUACGAUGAGGUGGUUCGGGCUCUGCUGGAAUUCAAUGCGAAUAUUGAUUGUACGAAUAUCUCCGGUCUGAUUAGGAAUCACCAUCCCCUUGCCUGUGCUGCGGAGAAAGGUCAUUUAUCGACCGUCCGCCUUCUCAUAGAGCGAGGGGCGUGUUACCAGUCCCCAGGAUGUCCUCUCCUCUGCGCAACAAGGAAUGGUCAUGCGGAAAUGGUCCAGCUCUUGGUAGAUGAGAUGAUGCACCAUGACUCCCGAAUUACAGGCGGGGGACAAAGAGGCGAAGAGAAGGUAGGAAUAAAGUUAUGCACCCGAAAGGGACGCAAGCACAGCCCCGGUAACCAGGCCAUGCUGGCCUUACUAGAGGCUGUGAAAUUGGGGAAUGUAGAAGUUGUCAAGUUACUUCUUGCUGUCCCGGGAGUCGAUAUCAACCAUGAACUUCUACAGGGAUCACAUACACCCUUGAUGAUUGCAGUACGAUCUAGACCACCAAUUAUUGAGAUGAUCAAGGUUCUUCUGGCUGUCGAAGGGAUUGAAAUCCGGAUUAACGAACCUCAAGACCUGGAGGGAAAUACUGUGUUCAUCUGGGCUCAUCACAAUGAAUGUGAUGAAGAAAUUAUCCAAUUACUCGUCGAUAACGGGGCGCAGCGAACAAAUGAGCCACUUCGUGUUGCUUCAUUGGCUGCUCCACAGAAUUGGCAAACGGAGGCGCCACUAAUGACACCUGGAGAUAGGAUUGAUUGA